AUGCAUAGAACAAAUCCACUCAAAUCCGAGGUGGCUGUUCGCAAAACUGGUGGCCUCUUUCUCUCUCCAAACGGGGUCAAGGUGGAAAUUCCGCCCGGGGCAUCUACAGGUCGACGGGAACGACUGUUAUGUUCAACUGUGUCUAGCACCGCACGUGGAGCUUUAGCCCCCUGGCUCGGUCCGAAUCUUCGAAUGGCCAGUGAUAUACAAUUGUUCUAUGCACCGACCAGUUUCAAACAACCCCUGGCCGUGUUUAUUCCGUUCAGUUUUGCCGCGACCAGGGAAUUGAGCUAUACUCAGUCCGAGGAUGCGAAUACACAGGAACGAAGUAAAUCCGGUCAUGCGUCCAUGAGUGAGGACACGACAGAAGGCGAUCUCAGUGAGUUUGGUUGUGAACUUAGUCGAAAUGUGUAA